CCAGGUUGCUGAGGGAAGUCGCCAUCUUUUUGUGGAUAAAAAGUGAUCGAAGCAGAAGGAAACAUGUCUUUGAAGGCUGUGGUUGGACAGCGUCUAAUGCAAGAUGUGAUUCGCGAAGUCAAAACGGCCAACGAAUGGAAGGUUCUUGUGGUGGAUCGUCUGAGUUCCAGGAUAAUUUCAUCAUGCUGCAAAAUGCACGACAUCGUCGAGGAAGGCAUAACAAUUGUUGAAGAUAUUUCCAAAGUCCGCCAACCACUACCAACCUUUGAGGCUAUAUACAUUUUGACACCUGAGGAAACGUCAGUUAAAGCUUUGGUUGAAGACUUCACAGAAGGAAAUCACAGAUAUAAGGGUGCUCAUGUAUUCUUUACAGAAGUUUGUCCAGACUCCUUAAUCAGUGAAAUUGCAAAGAUUUCCAAAUAUGUGAAGACCCUGAAAGAAAUUAACAUUGCAUUUCUGCCAUAUGAGUCUCAGGUUUACUCUUUGGACACUCCAAAAGCAUUUCACAGUUUUUAUGGGCCUGAACCAUCAGACCAGUCCCAGCGAUUUCAAUAUUCUGAGAGUGAUUCCGGAAGCAUUCAGCUUCAAACAUUUUCAACUGCUAGUGCACUGGAAUCACAUUUUGAGAAAAUAGCUGAACAGAUUGCAACUCUGUGUGCUACGUUGGGUGAAUAUCCAUCUGUAAGAUACAGAAAGGAUGGUCUUCAUCUUGCUGAGUUGGCAAACACUGUGCAGACCAAACUACAUGCCUACAAGGCAGAUGAUCCAGCUGGUAUGGGAGAGGGUCCACAUAAGCAUCGAUCACAACUGAUAUUGCUAGACAGAGGAUUUGACCCAGUCUCACCUCUCCUGCAUGAACUCACAUUUCAGGCAAUGACUUAUGAUCUUCUUCCAAUUGUCAAUGAUGUUUACAAAUAUAUUUCAUCAUCUGGUAAUGAAGAAAAGGAAACUGUGCUUGAUGAAAAUGAUGAAAUGUGGGCAAGGCAUCGUCAUGAACACAUUGCUGAUGUCUUGAGGAAGGUCAAUUCACAAAUUAAAGAUUUUGCAGCAGACAAGAAAAUUUCCACUUCUAACAAGACAACAAUGAAAGAUCUCCAAGUGAUCUUAAAGAAAAUGCCACAGUAUCAAAAAGAAGUUAGCAAGUUCAUCGUUCAUCUGCACCUGGCUGAAGACUGUAUGAAACAGUAUAACCAAACAGCUCUCAAGGACAUUUGUGCCGUUGAACAGGAUCUUGCGACAGGAGUUGACAAAGAUGGUGAAGGAAUCAAAGAUCCCAUGAAAAGCAUUGUACCACUGCUGUUAGAUGGCAAUGUCCACAUUUCUGACAAAAUUCGGAUCAUCCUAUUGUAUGUUAUUUUUAAAAAUGGUAUUAGCGAGGAAAAUUUGGCAAAACUCUGUGAGCAUGCGCAGAUUCCACCCGAUUACCGUGCCAUAAUAAAGAACAUGGCGUAUCUUGGGGUUCCCAUUUUACAAGAUUCUGGUGCAAGGAAAGGAGCAAAGCCGGCAAGAAAAGAACGUCAGUCUUUGUACGAAUUGUCACGUUGGGUUCCCUCCGUAAAAGAUAUCAUGGAGGAAGCUGUGGAGGAAAAGCUCAGCAGCACUUCAUACCCGUUUGCUUCACAACGGACAGCGUCUGGUGCGAUGAGCAGUAACCUAGCAGGCAAAGCCGUGAGUGCCCGUCUUUAUGGUCAUUGGCAUAAGGAGAAGGGCUCCACCGAAGCUCGAGCCGGCCCACGCCUUAUCAUCUUCAUUGUUGGUGGAGUUUGUUUCUCAGAAACAAGAACGGCGUACGAGGUAACUGCUGCGAAAAAGGAUUGGGAAGUGUUAAUUGGCUCCACUGACAUCACAACUCCCAACAGUUUUCUGGCUUCAUUAAGAGAGUUGGCUGGCUAAACAUGAAAACACGGGUAAUAGAAGAUGAGAGAAUAUGAUAUUUGUCUGUAAUUAAUAAGGUUAUCGGUAGGACAACAAUAAGGUGUAGUCACCCUUUGUGUAACUGGCAGUCUUUUUCUUAUCGGCAGUGGUGAUCUCCUUUUUUUUUUUUUUACUUUUGUUCUUUUUUGCUUCUUCUUUACCUUUGUGCCACUGUGAAAAGACUGCCACUGGCACAAGCUCAUGGAAAUUGUACAAUGAACUGAAAAUUUCGAGCUUAGGGAUUGUUCAUUGAUGGAGAAGUUUUGUUCUGUGUUUCUUGAAACAUGGUUUGAAGGACCUGUUUAUUAACAUUAAUUAACUUGACUUUUUGCUCAUUUAACUUUUCUGUUCAUUAUACAAGCCAGAUAGAUUUAUUUUUUGGUGUGUCUGCUCAGUUAUAAAUCACAGACGAUGUCAAAAUUUGGCAAGAACGUAGGCAAUGCACCCGCCUGAGGCUCGUGUUUUAUUUUUGGCAUAAUCGCCACGACUGAACAGACGCGGCAAAAUUGAAUCUAUUUGUUUCCUAUUUUAUUUAUAGCGGCUUUUAAUAAGUGCCUCGAAUAAUAAUAAAUUUCUACUGCGCUCUUCGUUUGGCUGAAAAUACAUUCGAGCCAUUUUUAUCGUUAACCUGCCUUACACGCAGUUUCCUUUUUCGCCUUUCCCUAAAAGCGCUUUUGUCAGCUAAAUUUUUUUCUUUCACUCAAUCUAGGUUUAGUGAUACCAUUAUUUUAAUUUGUUGCCAAUAUUCCUUUGGCGAAUGGAAAACCUUAAGACUUUAUCAAUAGCUUCUUGUGUACAGAGAUCUUGGUCUCAAUUCACUAGUGGGGCCUCUCAGGAAAAUGUUAAUUUGUGAGUUCACGUCUUUUAUUUCUCGACCGCUUUUCGAAUUGCGUGCGUUCUUAAUUAGCAUAACACAACAGGUUAUUGUUUGAUAGUAAGAGUUACCUUCUUUUCUAUUCAGUUUUUGCGUCUUGCAAAAACUAUCCUAGACUUGAAGAGCGCUAAUAUAAAUGCCAUAAGGGAGAGAGACACAGAAGAGGUAAUGAUGAAGCAGCAGAGCUCUAGGAUCUCUAAGAAGGGACAAGAGUUUUCGAGGAAACGAUUUGUGAAUUACGAUCGUGAAAAAUUUUGAUCAUAAUUUUCUAAGGUGUCAAAAAAACGGCAGCAACAAUGACAGAAACAAUUAAAUACCACGUGGCAACUCUUGCAGCAAACGCGCAGAUCAGUGUGCCUAAUCAAGGCAUCGGGAGAUAUGGCUGGCAUUAUUUACUGGUCAGUUAUUGAUUUUCUAUUUCUUUGUUACUUUAACAUAAA